UCUCUUCCUCUGGCUCUCUUCUCUCUUCUGUCUCUCUUUCUGUCAUUAUUUAAAAAGGGUUAGGCGUGAAUUACAUAUUUGUCUGUGGCUGAACUGGGUUGGUUUUUAAUUUGCUGUGCUCCCAGUCUCAUUUGACAUUUCAGGGAGAUAUUGUAUCUUUUUUUUGUCCUCACCUGUACUUCUAUUUUUUUUGCACCUUUUUAUCUGCUUUCAGAGGCUACUUGGCUCCUGCCCCACCCCCUCUACCUCCAUUUUUGGACACCACUUUGCAGGAAGAUUAAACCACACAAGCAAUCAAAGCCUUUGGAAGAAUGAGUAGCUACAAUAUUUCUCUGAGUGGGCCGGCCCCAUGGGGCUUCCGAUUGCAGGGAGGCAAGGACUUCAACAUGCCCCUGACCAUCUCCAGGAUCACCCCAGGGAGUAAGGCACAGCAGGGCAACCUGAUCCAGGGUGACAUCAUCGUGGCCAUCGACGGGGUCAGCACUGAAGGCAUGACCCACCUAGAGGCCCAGAACAAGAUCAAGUCUGCCAGCUUCAACCUGGCCCUCACCAUGCAGAAGUCAAAGCGCCCAUUUCCACUUUCCACAUCCACCCAAAGAAUGGAUUCUCCCAUGCAACAGAUCCCUCACCAGAAGGUUAUUUCCAACACUCCUGCCAACAACGAGUAUGUGCCCAGCUUCAACCCCAUUGCGCUGAAGGACACUGCCCUGUCCACCCACAAGCCCAUCGAGGUGAAGGGUCCUGGGGGCAAGGCCACCAUAAUCCAUGCCCAGUACAACACCCCCAUUAGCAUGUACUCCCAGGACGCCAUCAUGGACGCCAUCGCCGGACAGUCCAAGGGCCACGAGGCCGGAGAGGAAGUCCCAGCUGGCUCCCCCUUGGCUUCGCUCCCAGUAAAAGAUGCUCAGGUAGACAGUGCCUCCCCAGUUUAUCAGGCUGUGAUCAAGACUGCAGACAGGGACACGGAGUUGAAUGACUGGGCCCGCAGCUCCUCCCAGGUGCAGUCCAAGUCCUUCCGCCUCCUCGCCCACAUCACGGGAACGGAGUUCAUGCAAGACCCAGACGUGGAACAUCUGAGGAAAUCAAGGGAAAAGUUUGACACAGAAUUUAAAGGUCCACGUUUUGCCAAAUUGAAAAAUUGGCACAAUGGCCUGUCUGCUCAAAUCCUUAACCUGCCAGAAAAAGCCGUGGUUUAUAGCCCUGUUGAGCAUGCUCCAGUUUCCACCAGCCCCACACAUGUCGCUCUCCCUGCUAGCGCUGCUUCGCCCAAUCAGGCAGCUUCGCCUACUGCUGCUUACCAGUCUCCAGAGCCUGCCCCCGUAGACCCUGAACCCACCCCUGAGAGUAAUCCAUGUGUAUGUGGAGUGAGCCCUAAACCGUCUCUCAAACCUCUCUUGUUGACUCUCGUCAAGAAACUAGGUUUAGAAGCAAGGGCCACCUCCCACCCGGUUCCGAACCAGCACUUUGCCGAAAUGAAAGUCCUGUCCUCGGGUUCCCGAACUGAGCACCUGAGCCUAUAUGGCCAGGCUCCCCCCAUGCAAAAAGCCCCUCCCAUGUACCAGGGGCAAUCCAUGUACCAAGGGCUUUGUAUGCAGAAGGGACCUCCCAUGCAGCAGGGACCUUCCAUGUACCAGGGGCCUGCUAUGCAGCAGGGACCUCCCAUGUACCAAGGGCCUCCAAUGCACCAGGGACCACCCAUGUACCAGGGGCCCCCCAUGCACCAGGCCCCGCCUAUGCAGCAACAUCCCAUGCAGCAAAGCUCCAUCCAGAUCCCUGUGGGCCCUCCUCCACCCAAGGUGGUCAGCACAGCCUGCAUUGUGCCAGCUCCAGCCCCUGUUCCAACCCCAGCCACAGCCCCGGCCGCCCCUGAACCCCCCUACAGCAGGCCACCCUGGAUCACAGACAACUCUUUUGCCAACAAGUUUGACCCCAGCAAGAGCACCAGCACCAGCAUGAAAGUGCCCGCUCUACCUCAGAGUGCCCCACCAGCACCGGCCUACAUCCCAAACCCUGGCUCCGCCCACGCCCCUCCCUCCUCCCCAAGCCCUGCCUAUAAUCCCAGCCCUGCCCCCUACAACCCCGCCCCUGCCCCCUUCCCUCCCAUUGCCCGGGGCGUAGCCCAAAGGGCGGAGCGCUUUGCUGCCAAUAGCAGCAGAGCACCCCUCUGUGGCGCUUGCAACAACAUGAUCCGGGGACCCUUCCUGGUGGCCUUGGGUCGCUCCUGGCACCCAGAAGAGUUCAACUGUCACUACUGCCACACAUCGCUGGCAGACUGCAGCUUUGUGGAGGAGCAGAACGCAGUGUACUGUGAGAACUGCUACGGAGAGUUCUUUGCCCCCACCUGUGCACGCUGCAACACCAAGAUCAUGGGGGAGGUGAUGCAUGCUCUGCGGCAGACAUGGCACACCACCUGCUUUGUGUGUGCUGCCUGUGGCAAUGCCUUUGGAAACAGCCUAUUCCACAUGGAGGAUGGGGAGCCUUACUGCGAGAAAGAUUACAUUUCACUUUUCAGCACCAAAUGCCAUGGCUGUGACUUCCCAGUGGAAGCGGGAGACAAGUUCAUUGAAGCACUGGGUCAUACCUGGCACGAUACCUGCUUUGUCUGUGCAGUGUGCCAUGUGAACCUGGAGGGCCAGCCCUUCUACUCCAAGAAAGACAAGCCCCUGUGCAAGAAGCACGCUCACGCCAUCAACGUGUAAAUGCUCCAUCUGCAGCCUUAUUGGGUGGUGGGCAGGGACUUACGUAGCUAUGCCCAAGCCUUGGCAAUGAGCCCUGUAGAGGGGGCAUUGAUCCCAGUGUAAAUGAUGAAAAACACAAGCUGAAGAUGAUAGCGGCAAGAUUGACCGUCAGUCGUGACAAAAUAUUAGUUAGGUUUGUGUUUAUUAAUUUCACUGACAAAUGAAUUCUAAUGUAUAUUUUAUAUCAGAGAAUUCUGAUGUAAACCCUUUUGGUAUUCCACUGAGUUCCUAGAGGGCCUCAAUCCAGGGAGGUUGGAGCUACAGCCUACAGACACAUGCAGACUGAGUGGAGUAGCAGGGUUCUUCAGUAAAUAAGAUGCCUUAUUUCACAGCAACACUGUGUGCUUUGUUUUGAAUGUAAAACCCCAAAUAGCGAAACACAAAUAGCUUGCAGUGAAUGUAGUAAGACCGUUUUAGGACUGUAUACACUAGAUUUAACAUACUGCCUCACACUGUGAACUGUUACAGUAUAUCAUGACACAUGUAAGCCUACUAAUACUGUUGGAUUUCACAGAGCUAUUAUUAUACAUUAUAGUUUAGUAGGUGAUAUUUAUUGCAACUUUGACCGUUAUAUUAUUUAUUUACAUAGAAUCAAUUGAAAGCAUGGAUGUUUAUAUUGCUGAUAAAGCAAAACAAGUUAUUGCCUUUUGUUGACAGCUGCAUGAUACAGAGGUUCAUAGUAUUAUAUGAAGUACAUCACUCAAACUUUUUCAUCCUGGAUUCAUUUGAGAUCCAGUCAAAAAACAAUACAAAGAUAGCAAUAUGUUACAUUAUGAUAUAGUAGUAACAUACAUCUUUAGGGGUACAGGUAGAAGAUGAGGAAACCUCUAUUUAUGGGGUAGGGAAGUUAGGAGUUUUGGAAUGUGUCUCAUAAACGUGGAAAUCGAGGAAGUACCCUGGAUCUUUUUACAGCAUGUAAGAGAGACGAGCACUGGCCUGGGGUCUUACAAAUACAUUUUACGCAGCAAAAGUCUAUGCAUCCUCUGUAUGAAGCGCUACAAUUAAACAAGAAUUUAUAGGAAAUAUCUGUCAAGGCCAAAAACAGCCAUUCACAAUAAUUUCGCUCUCACUAGCACACACCUUAAAGGUCAGUUGUGACCUUGUGCUUGUGUACAGAUGCUUUACUUUGAGUUUAUUCUGUACAUCUGUGUAUUUUCUGUGUUUGUGUAUGUAUGCAUGCAAGAGUUUAUACAUGAUUGUCAGUGCAUGUCUACUGAGGCAACAUCAGUAUUAGUUACUGUAUGUAUUUGUGCCACUAGAAUAGCAAGGUUUAUUGUGAUUUGACAUAACUCUGAGAACACUAGACUAAGUACUUUUGAUAUGCGUAUGUAUGUAGAUCAACGAGUGAGGAAAGCAUAGUCAGUGCCAGUUCAGAAUAAACCUUACAUGGUACCAUUGAGGGAAACUUGAAUUGUUGCUAAAUAGUUGUUUAAGCAACUCGUUUUUUAAAAAGUUCAGCAUAUCGAAACUAGUUAUAUAGUUUCCAACCACUAGA